CGCGCUCCGGAGAUCGGCCAUGUUGCCUCUCGCGCUUGUUCCGGUAUCAGGCACGAGCGUUUGAGCAGCUCGGCCGCAGUACGACACCGAUCCCCUCCACCGAAGCCAGUUUCACCACCCAGCCCUGAGCCAGUCAUGGAUUUUACAACCUGAUCGUGGAUGUUUGUCUUUGGACGUGAGUCCCAGCGCAAAGGCCAAGACGUUUCAUUUCAUACAAGAACCAUUUCUGACCACCCUUGAGUGAUAGAAGACGGUUUUGUGGAUCUUGAGGAUUUUUCGGGAUUGAUCAUUUUGGAAACCCAGCUAUCGUCUGUUAAGACCUUCACUAUAAACACUCAAGGUUGUUUUUCUUUACGUCUGUCGUCACUCCAGCGACUUUUGUUUCGUUUGUCUGAAACUGAAUGUGGAGUUUCUUUCACCAUUUGUUGACACUUAUUGUUUUUUGAAGGUCGGUAAAAUUGUAAAUGGUUUUUGGUCGGCCUAACACUUUAUAUCGGUGUGUACGUUACGUGCCACGCAGAGAUACAGAGCAAACUGCUUUCUUUUCGUAAUCUCUACAACCAUUCUCAGGACCUGGAAGUAUCUGAAUUGUUUUAAAAAGUUGAUUGAUUUGCUAGCGAAGCAAAUACAAAUUUACGACAGUUCCACGCUAGCCUUUUUAUGAGGACUUCAAAUCCUUCAAAAAUCCUUUCUGAGGACCUGUUUAUCCUGGACUAAUGCUGGGCUUCAACUUGUUGAUCUCUGUCUUCGUGGCUAGUUCUGGCUAGCUAGCAACGUUGAUAUAUUCUAUCUGAAACACCACGAAUAGCCUCGGAUAACCAGCUUCUAAAUGGUUGUCCACCACUGAAAACGUCUUCUCAUUUUUUUUAUUUUCCCCUUUGGCCGUGUUUUUGAGAAUUCCUGGGCGAAAAUGUCAGCCCGGCCUCAAGGAGUAGGUGUUAUAGAGAAUUCAUCAAGCCAGACCCAUUCCAAUGCCAAAGGUGGAGGGCGUUCUAGCGUGCCACGAUGUCGGAGUUUGGUUCCGACAACAGCUGAAGAGCAGCCCCACAUAGGCAAUUACAGACUGCUGAAGACCAUCGGCAAGGGCAACUUUGCCAAAGUUAAACUGGCCCGACAUGUCCUCACCGGUAAAGAGGUAGCGGUGAAAAUCAUAGACAAGACACAGCUCAACUCUUCUAGUCUUCAAAAACUUUUUAGAGAAGUGAGAAUCAUGAAGCUUCUGAAUCACCCAAACAUCGUGAAAUUAUUUGAGGUGAUCGAGACAGAGAAGACGUUGUAUUUAGUCAUGGAAUACGCCAGCGGAGGUGAGGUGUUCGAUUACCUCGUUGCUCACGGGAGGAUGAAAGAAAAGGAAGCGCGUGCCAAAUUCAGACAGAUUGCGUCAGCUGUGCAGUAUUGCCAUCAGAAGUGCAUUGUACACAGAGAUCUCAAGGCUGAGAAUCUUUUGCUUGACGCUGACAUGAACAUCAAGAUUGCCGACUUUGGCUUCAGUAAUGAGUUUACGGUAGGCAAUAAGUUAGACACGUUCUGCGGGAGCCCGCCGUAUGCCGCCCCUGAACUGUUCCAGGGAAAAAAGUAUGACGGGCCGGAGGUGGAUGUGUGGAGUCUCGGGGUCAUACUCUACACGCUAGUGAGCGGCUCGCUGCCUUUUGAUGGACAGAACUUGAAGGAGUUGCGAGAGCGUGUGUUAAGGGGAAAGUACAGGAUUCCUUUCUACAUGUCCACAGAUUGUGAGAACCUGCUGAAGAAGUUCCUCAUCCUCAACCCCACCAAGAGAGGCAGUUUGGAGCAGCAGAUCAUGAAGGAUCGCUGGAUGAAUGUAGGUUAUGACGAAGAAGAGUUAAAGCCCUACAUUGAACCCCAACCCGACUACAAAGACCCCAGGAGGACAGAUAUAAUGCUUCAGAUGGGUUUCUUUCAAGAGGAAAUACAGGACUCCCUCGUCACCCAAAAAUACAAUGAAGUCAUGGCAACCUACCUGCUUCUUGACUAUAGGAAUUCUGAGCUCGACGAGGGUGUCAUCUUGUCGCUAAAGCCACGCCCAGGAGAUGACGUCACAAACAGUAACGCCCCGUCUCCCCCCCAUAAAGUACAGCGCAGCGUGUCAUCCACUCAGAAGCCGAUCAGAAGAUCGACGGAUCAGGGCUCAUACUCGAAAAGGUCUCAGGGAGAAAACAAGCCUGGAGUUGAGGAUUCUGGGAGGAAAGGUUCAAAUAGCUCCACCAAAGUUCCGAACAGUCCCGUCAUCCCCGGCGAACGCAAAAAGAGCUCCACACCCUCUACUAAUAGUAUCUUGUCCACGGGCACAAGCCGGAGCAGAAACUCACCCAUUUCUGAGAGAGCUACUCUAGGAGUGCAGAAUGGGAAAGACAGCCUGAGCACUCCCGGGUCCCGUGCCUCCACGGCCUCGGCCGGCGCCGUGCUCUCAUCCUCCUCUUCCUCACGCCCCCGCCAUCACAAGUCCCUCUCCACCUCUGCCCAUCCCUGCCCCGCAGACCUGCACACACACCGGCCCAGUGAUCCCCCACAGAGAGCACCUGGUGCCUCCCCCUCAGCCCACAAUAUCAGCAGCGCAGCUGGGACGGACCGUACCAACUUCCCAAGAGGGGUGCCCACCCGCAACACCUUCCAUCUCGGGCAACAGAGGGGUGCACGAGACCAACAGGGUUCUCCGUAUCACGGAGCCCCCGCCUCCCCUUCGCUCUCCCACGGCAACAGCCAACAAAGACGACCAGCCGCUUCCGGCAUUUUCAGCAAGUUCACCUCUAAGUUUGUGCGCAGAAAUCUGUCAUUCAGAUUCCCCGGAAGGAGCCCCUAUGAGGGAGAGGGUCAGGAGGAGGGGAGCAGAUCCAUGCUCAGCAGUGCAGAGAAGUCUGAGAAGACUAGCGUGGGGGCGGAGGAUGACAUCAAGGACACCUCCUCCUCCCCAGGGGGCGGGACUCCUCCGGCCGCGCCCCUUUCCACACUCAAAGAACAAGCAAAGCCUCGCUCGCUCCGUUUCACGUGGAGCAUGAAGACCACCUCUUCCAUGGAGCCCGGGGAGAUGAUGAAGGAGAUUCGGAAGGUGCUGGACGCCAACAGCUGCGAGUACGAGCUGCGGGAGCGCUACAUGCUGCUGUGCAUGGCCGGCAACCCCGCCCGUGACGACUUCGUUCAGUGGGAGAUGGAGGUGUGCAAGCUGCCUCGCCUCUCGCUCAACGGCGUGCGCUUUAAGAGGAUAUCCGGAACGUCCAUCGCAUUCAAGAACAUCGCUUCAAAAAUCGCCAAUGAGCUGAAACUUUGACAUUAGAAAAUAAACGCAGGAAGUGCACAAGUAGCAUUUUAAAAUAAAGUCUCAGAACAAGUGGGAGUGGAGAAAAUUGCCACUACUCAAAAACACGAUGUAUACUGCUGGUGUGAGACAGGUUUUAGGUUGACACAAACAGGAAAAAUAGAGCAUUGGCCCUUCAAUCCUGCAUACUGAGAUUACAAUUUGGAGUACGGUGGGAACAUCUGUAAGUGUUCUCAGAUUAGUGUCCCUGAAAGGAGACGAGUCGUAGGUUUGUUUCUGCUGUUCUUCCCUCAUUUCGGUUUUAAACUCCUCAUACACAUGCACGCACCUGUUGCCAAUUGGGACAGACAGUAUUAAACACCAAAUUUAAAUGGGGGGGCCCAUUAACCCCCCCAGUAUUCACAGGGUGGAGGUGGGCAGUUUAGGACAGGACUGAUGUUUUUGUCCCUCUUCAGACACACACUCCCAGCAUCUCUUAUUCUGUCAACGGGUCACACCAAACCAUAUAACCAUAAGUGAAGGGCCAGCACAGUACCGAGAGGAGUGUAAAUUACGGCAAAAGUGAUUUGAAUUAAUCGGCUGGGUUUAGAUUUGCUGCACUGGAAUAGGUGUAUUUCUGUUGCCUUUUUAUUUUCUUAGAGAAAUUAAAUGUUUCACUGUUGUAUUUACCAAUGAUUGUUUUAAUAUUCUUAGGAAACAAUAUUUUUUCGUGGUUUCGUGUACUUGAUCGUACCCUGCGCCUUUGCCUUUGUGUUAAGAAUGUCCUAAAAGCACCAUACGACUCCCACUGAAGCUUUCACACUCUAGCCCCAAAGGAUUAUGGGCCGUAUGAACUAUUGUGUUUAAAAAAAAUCACUGGAAAAUACACAAGGACUUGCAACUAAAUCAUUCCCAUGCCAAUGUUGUGACUGAGAAUUGAUGUUAAGCUCUUUCUCAGCAUCCUUCAUCCCAACACCUGCCUGGUAUGACACGAUUCAAGCCAAGAACUUUUCAUCUCUGUCCUGUCUGGAGGUGCUGGUUUUUAUGGCUUAUGGCUUUGAGGGUACACUCAAUGAAAAUGUUGAGCAUGUGUAUGCGAGAUGAUGAUGAUGGAGUGUCAUAUCCGAAUAACCAAAAGGCUAGCUUCAUAUUUAAUGCAGAGACUGUAUUAACACGUAACCUUGAGACCACAAGUAACUGCCGCAGAGUCAGACAUUGGCUGGAGCCUUCAUCGGGUUUCUGUUAAUUCCAAUAUUUUGUCUACAUUAGCAUUUUCACGAAAUAUCAGACGUCAUUCGUGCAAAAGCACAUCAGGAGUGCAAGAAUAAAGGAAGUGGAGCAAAAAAGCAGGGGGAAAAGGGUACACCGGUGUCGUGCUUCAGUGAACGUGUGUAUCCGUCCAUCUUUGCUGAACUGUACAUGCUUGCAUGCAUCCUCUAGUUGACAUUGGGUGCACUGUCACCUUUAUUGUUAUUUAAAGAUGAGGGGAUCGUGUCUCCUUAUAAAGUCAGUCAACAGUUUGGAGACAACUGUGCACAUGUUUUAUAUCUUCAUAGAAAAUAAUGAAUUUUUGUCACGUAAUUUGCUGUUCUCACAAAUGAUCAUUUGUUUAAGGUGCUGGGGAUCCAAUUCUUUUUAGUAUUGGUUAUUAUUUUCUUCAGGGUUGAUUAUUUGUAUUUACAUAUGUUUUUCAUUGCUGUAAUUUUAUGUUGUGUCAGACUCUUUGCUCUUGGGUUAAAGGGGGUUUGGAUAGAGAAAUACAUCUUUUUUCUUUUUGUGCAAAGAUGACCAUGAUCAAUAAUAGUAAUAAAGCAAUUACAUUCA